UCUAGGACACCUAGGGAGAGGAGGGUGGAUAUCAAGCGGCGCCCACCCCCCGGAGCACUAUUUUCAUCUCUGAUUGGCUCAGCUGGGUGCCAGUCGCUACUCCACCCGCUGCUGAUAGGUCAUCCAAGCGCCGCUUUGCGCGGCGCCGGCCCCGCCCCCGUCGGGUGUUUGUGGUGGGGCUGCGGAGUCGCCGAUCCCGCCGGAAGCGCCAGGACAAUGGGGACUCGGGACGACGAGUACGACUACCUAUUCAAAGUGGUGCUCAUCGGGGACUCGGGCGUGGGCAAGAGCAACCUGCUGUCCCGCUUCACCCGCAACGAGUUCAACCUGGAGAGCAAGAGCACCAUUGGUGUGGAGUUCGCCACCCGCAGCAUCCAGGUGGACGGCAAGACCAUCAAGGCGCAGAUCUGGGACACCGCCGGCCAGGAGCGCUACCGCGCCAUCACCUCCGCGUACUAUCGCGGUGCUGUGGGCGCCCUGCUGGUGUACGACAUUGCCAAGCACCUGACCUAUGAGAACGUGGAGCGCUGGCUGAAGGAGCUUCGGGACCAUGCAGAUAGCAACAUCGUCAUCAUGCUGGUGGGCAACAAGAGUGACCUGCGCCACCUGCGGGCUGUGCCCACCGACGAGGCCCGAGCCUUUGCAGAAAAGAACAACUUGUCCUUCAUCGAAACCUCUGCCUUGGAUUCCACCAACGUAGAGGAAGCCUUCAAGAACAUCCUCACAGAGAUCUACCGCAUUGUGUCACAGAAACAGAUCGCAGACCGCGCCGCCCACGACGAGUCCCCUGGGAACAACGUGGUGGACAUCAGCGUGCCGCCCACAACGGAUGGACAGAAGCCCAACAAGCUGCAGUGCUGCCAGAACCUGUGACCCCUGCACCUCCAUCCGCCUCUCCCAUGGUGUUCUCCGGCCCCUCCCUGCUGUCUCUCUGUGGCCGGCUCGCUCCAGCCCUCCCAGUGAGCUCUGCAUGGCCGGGCUGGGGCCCAGGAAGGACAGGAGCCAGUGCUACCCCCGUCCUGCCUGGGAAAAAGCUAGAAACCCUGGUUUGCUGCACCCACCCAACUCGGGUCCCCUCGGGCGUCUUGGCCAGGUGGGGAGGGUGGCAGGAUGGACAGGGCUGGCCAGAGAUGAGGAGGACGGCCGCAUGGUGCCGGCUUCUCAACUUUUCCUCGGCAGACUCCAGGGAGUGAUUGCCUCCCUCCCUGUGUGGCUGGGUGACCCAGCCAGCCCAUUGUCCCCACCCAGAACCCUGCUCCAGUCCAAAGCCCCAAGAACCAGGCAGCGGGGUCCAGGGCAGGUGGAACCCCCCAGGCUCUUGGCACCCACCCGCUCCUCCGCGAAUAGCAGCUCGCACAGGCCUCCCACCUCUGCCUGUUGACUGAUGCAGGGAGAAGCCCGUCACCCUCUCCCCCACCCAUCUCCUGCACGCAGCGUGCCCUCUCGGCCCUCCCACUCCCCCUCCUCUGUCUCAUUUCCCUUCUGGUCUGGAACCUGUUUGCAAGUGAAGCAAUAUCUCCAUGUUUUGUAUAUACAACCGCUCUUGUAGCCUUUGGUUUUUGUUAUUGUAGAGAAACACAGAUUCUUUAUACACUUUGUAAGAUUUAUGCCGAACCCCAGCUCUCGACCUCUUCUUCUCCCUGUGGCCCCUGCACUGUUGCCCCCCGUCCCUGUCCCCUCUCCCAUUACUAAAAUGUAUAAUCCAACUUCCUGUACAGAAACUUG